CUCUGCAACUUUCCUUGCCCUAGAAGGCUAGAAAUCAGCUAACAGGAAUGGCUUCCUUGCUCAAACGUAGCGCCUUUUCUAUCCUUCGUGCUCAUCAUCCUCAGGCGGUGGAGGGUUUAGUGUUGCAAUCUAGACGUCAACUUCAUGUCGAACCUGGGGCUCGCGAGAAAGCUCUUUUGGCAAAGGACCCAGCACUAGAGCGCUUCAAAUCAUAUAGGAAAAGUGCCUCACGCAUCAGAAGUAUAGGAGAUUACCUCACUAUUGCCGUCGUAGCUGGAUGUUGCUAUGAGAUCUAUGUGAGAGCUGUUACGCGGGAAGAAGCUCGUAAAUCCAAGUAAAGUGGUUGAUGCUGAUUAUUUAUGAAAAAAGAGUGUUAAUAAUUGAUCACUAGGCACUGGGUUGGCUUUUCAUUUCAAAAAAAAUAAUCUCUGUGUUUAUGCAUAAAAAUGUCAUGGAUUUAGAAAACUUAUCCAUUACUCUGUUUACUGAUAUCUUGUACUUGUUACUCUUUCCUUCUUAUUAUUGAUAGAUGCGUAGUCGUUGAUCGACU